GAGAGAGCUUAUAUAAGACAUUGUUCUCUCUCUCAUUUUCUAUUGCUCUAAUUUUUUCUUGUUUUUUCAAGUGCUCUGCUUCUGUUUUUCUUCAGAAUAACAGAAGCCGAAAAAAAAAAAAAGUAGUUAAAAGCAGGAUUUUCAUUUUUCUUUGUUAGGGUAAUGUACAUUUCUGAGCUGUUUAGAUUAAGGAAGUACAGGGAGUUUUAAGCUUGUGGGUUGCUGCAAAAUAGUGGGGGGUGUUUGAGCCAGUGACUGGCAUUUUUCCAGCUUGCUCUACCUCCAUUGUUUUGCGUGAACCAGAAGCAAAUUCACAAAGAAAGAAAAAUAAAGAAAGAAACAAAAGAAGGGAAAUAUUCCAUCUCCUUUGUUGAAGAAUGUCCUUUAUUAUUUAAGCAGAUCUACUGGGUUGUUUUCAAGACCUGUGUAAAAUCAUCUUUCACUCUUGUUCUUAGCUUCCCAUUUGGUCCUCCCCUGUUUUUGCUCUGUUUAUUGUUUUCUUCUUUUAACUUGAAAAAGCUAGGAAAUGGAUCGGCUUUCUUCGACAACCAUUCUUCCUGACACAUUCCAGGGAACGAGAGAUGAUUUCUCCAUGCAAAUGGCAUUGAUUUGGGGUCAGAUCAAAGCGCCAUUGAUCGUACCAUUAUUGAGACUUGCGGUUAUCGUUUGUUUGAUCAUGUCUUUGAUGCUUUUCAUUGAGAGGGUUUACAUGGGCAUAGUCAUUAUGUUGGUCAAGCUCUUCGGUAGAAAACCAGAGAGAAGAUACAAAUGGGAACCCAUGAAAGAUGAUGUUGAGUUGGGAAACUCAGCUUAUCCCAUGGUUCUGGUUCAAAUUCCAAUGUACAAUGAAAGAGAGGUUUAUCAACUUUCAAUUGGGGCAGCAUGUGGCCUCUCAUGGCCUUCUGAUCGGAUCAUUAUUCAAGUCCUUGAUGAUUCAACUGACCCGACGAUUAAGGACUUGGUGGAGUUAGAGUGCCAAAGAUGGGCAAGCAAAGGCAUCAACAUCAAAUACGAGAUAAGAGACAAUAGAAAUGGCUACAAAGCAGGCGCUCUGAAAGAAGGCAUGAAACGCAGCUACGUGAAACAUUGUGAUUACGUAGUCAUUUUCGACGCUGAUUUCCAGCCAGAACCUGAUUUCCUUUGGCGUACCAUUCCUUUCCUUGUUCACAACCCGGAAUUAGCUUUGGUUCAAGCCCGUUGGAAAUUCGUGAAUGCUGAUGAGUGCUUGAUGACAAGAAUGCAAGAAAUGUCACUAGAUUACCACUUCACUGUGGAACAAGAAGUGGGGUCUUCCACUUAUGCCUUCUUCGGCUUCAACGGAACUGCUGGAGUGUGGAGAAUUGCUGCUUUGAAUGAGGCAGGAGGAUGGAAGGAUAGAACCACAGUGGAGGAUAUGGACUUGGCAGUCCGAGCUAGUCUAAAAGGCUGGAAAUUCCUUUACCUGGGAAGCCUAAAGGUGAAAAAUGAAUUGCCUAGUACAUUGAAGGCUUAUCGCUAUCAACAGCACCGUUGGUCUUGUGGUCCUGCCAACCUUUUCAGGAAAAUGGUGAUGGAGAUUAUUACAAACAAGAAAGUGUCCUCAUGGAAGAAGGUACAUGUAAUCUACAGCUUCUUCGUGGUCAGAAAGCUUGUUGCCCACAUUGUUACAUUCAUAUUUUACUGCGUUGUAUUACCUGCAACUGUUCUGGUACCUGAAGUUGAGGUUCCAAAGUGGGGAGCUGUUUAUAUUCCUUCUAUCAUUACCAUUCUCAACGCAGUUGGAACUCCAAGAUCGCUUCACUUAUUGGUCUUUUGGAUCCUCUUUGAAAAUGUCAUGUCAUUGCAUCGGACCAAGGCUACCUUUAUUGGCCUGCUAGAGGCUGGUAGAGUAAAUGAAUGGAUUGUCACUGAGAAACUGGGAGAUGCUCUCAAGGCUAGAGCAGGCACAAAGGGACCCAGAAAACCUCGUUUCAGGUUUGGAGAAAGACUCCACUUGUUAGAGCUUUGUGUCGGAGCUUACCUCUUCUUCUGUGGCUGCUAUGAUGUUGUGUUCGGGAAAAACCACUACUUCAUAUAUCUUUUUGCCCAAGCAAUUGCCUUCUUCAUCAUGGGAUUUGGUUAUGUUGGCACCAUUGUCCCCAACUCUUAGUGCGAUUCCUGAAGUAGUCGUUGGUGUAAUUCUUUUGGCUACUAAGUAAUCGCCCUCAGCAGGUCUUUCUCUCCUUCAGCAACAGAGUAUGUGGCGUUUAUAGGGACAUUUUCUUGCAAUUUAGUUUUGUAUAAAAAGACGGGGAUAAAAAACACGGUUAUUCUUUCAGGUUGAGUAUAAGAAUUCGAGUAUGUUACUCGAAACAAGUUAGUCCUCUUGUGAAUAUCCAAGAAAUUAUGGAAAAUACAUAGCAAAUGUUGUAAUGGCAAUGCGUCAUACAGAGAAGAUAAGGGGCAAAUGAAUGCAGUUUCUGGGUUUAGACACCAGAUAGAUAUGGGGAAGAUUUUGGAGUGAAUUGUUUGCAAUUGUGAUCUUUUCUUUCUUUCUUGAAGCUCUUCUUUUCCUCCUCUUUCCGAUUCUGUUGUGGUUGGGAUUUGUUUGAGAAGGAAUAAAAUAAUUGGAAAAGGGUAAUUUACGAAGUUGA